AUGGCUGCUCUUGAAGUCAACCAGCGAAGACUGGUGACCAUGUUCAACUUGCACCAUUCCCUUCUGCCGCUAGCUCGGCCCCUGCGGGGAGUUGUAAAACCUAUUGGGUUAUUUACUGCCAUAUCACCCAAUCUGACAUGCAAUGAUAUCGAACUGAGGACACCUAAUUUAUGUGUAUGCAAUGGUUGGGACAGCCCCACCACCAACGACUCCUCAAAAAUUUCCUUUGCGGAGUUCGCCGUCGGUGAACUUAAUGAGAUGUUACAAGCCGAAUUCACUGAACCUAUUAAUGGAAAGUUACAAAAGCAUCCCAUGAUACGCUCCUGUGAGAGAUUACGCCCUGUGAGGUUUCAAAACGUGCGGGAACGCAACUCAAAAUCAGACGGGGAACUGAUCACGAGUUUUGACAUUUACUUCCGUUCUGGUGACGUUGUCAAACAGAAAGAGGACAUUUUCCAUGUAGAAGUGAAGUCUAAAGAAAUGGCCAAUCAGUACUCACUGCAAAUGGAACUUGUUAACUAUGAUCGAUUGACCCUCUUUGGAAAGUACCAAGCAUGCGCAGAUCAAGGGGCUCAUUUGAAACUUUGCAUUUGUUCCCGAAGAACAAAGAAAAGGUUGACAGAACUAGAGAGUGUUCCUUGGUUAGAAUACUCUACAAUUCUAUCAAAUUCCCCAAAAGCCAGAAAAGUUGGUGACGAUCAAUGUUUGUUCUUGUUAAAGAGAAACCAUAGCUUGGGGCAAAGUGUGGCUUUUGAAAUUGCCAACAUUUGUAAUGAAAAAAUAUUUUAUUUGAGGAUAUCGGCGAACUUUGAAAAUAUGAAGCUUUCCAGAAAAGUUCCAUUUGAAGUAAAAGUUCAGCCUGGAAGCAUUAAAUUCUUGUUAUCUGCCCGGAUAGCGGUUGAUUUCUGGAGCACAUUUAUUGAAGUUGACGUGGAUAUAAAUGAAAAAGGAGUAAGUUAUCCACCAUCAUAAAUGCUGGUUUUAAAAUUGUGUGAAACGUUAAGGGAUGGUUUUAAAAUUAAUGAAACGUUAAGGGAUGUUCAAAACCUUACACAUAAAUUGAUUUUGUUCAGAGGGGAUCUCACAACACAUUCAGUUGACGGGAGCAGGGUUGGCGUGUGGGUAGCAGGGUUGGCGUUGUGGUGAGAGCGCUCGCCUUCCAUCAAUGUGUCCCGGGUUCGAUUCCCGGACCCGGCGUCAUAAGUGGA